AACACACUCAAGAGCCAUAGCCGGGUACCUCAGUUUGGCGAUGCUGAAAUUUCGAGGUUCGAUAACGUCUCGGUACAUGCAUAUCACCCUAAAGGGGCAGCACCCAGCUAACUGCAACGUCAUGAUAAUGACGGACCACGUUUCGAGAUCGACUUGCACAUUAUAUACUUAGCAGUUCUUCACCAGCAUACUACCACAAACCCAACAAGCUUAAAAUGUCUUUCGAGGGUCUGCAGGAGCGUUUGACGGCUCUGCAAGAGACGACAACACAGCUCAAAGAGCUUAUCGAUCGACUCGCAACACUCAAAUUCCAACCUGGCUCCGUGCCCCUGACCACCGACGAGGAGAGCAGCGAAAGCGGCGAACUCAGCGCAGAAAUUACAAGUACUCUACGGGAUGGAGAAGAGGAGCAUGAGCUUUUGCAGGAAGAAGUGGAGUUCUUGCGCGUUGCAGAGCAUGACAAAGCCCGGUUGAAAGAGAGUGUCGAAAAGAUUGGAAAGGAGCUUGCAAGCUGCCGUCUCUCUUUUCGAAAAGCACGACUGUCGGCAAAACAUAGCCUCGCACAGGCACAAAGACGAGAGCGCGAGAUCCUCCUUACAUCAUUUUCACAACCUACCUCCGAGACCAACUCUCUUUACCCUGACGAUGAAAAGACUGCUCGUCCUAUACGUCAUCAGCAAAACGUCCAGAAGCAGCAAUCGAGCCUCACCGAAGAGGAUCAACAGAACGUUGGUGCGAGUGCUAAUGUGACCAACGCCCUACGACGAACACAUGAUCUGAUCCAGGCGGAGUUGGCUCGCAGCGAGUUUGCACAUGAGACUCUGACGGAAUCUUCUGCUGCUUUGAAGCAACUGAACGAGUCGUAUGGCUCUCUGGACACAAUGCUGGCGAGCUCCAAGGACUUAUUAGGCACAUUGUUGCGCUCGCAAAAAAGCGAUACGUGGUACCUUCAAACGACAUUUUACAUGCUAGCUUGUACACUCGGCUGGCUGCUGUUCAGAAGACUGCUGUAUGGACCGAUGUGGUGGAUUGUUUGGUUACCGCUGAGGUUAAUGUUUGGAUUGGGAACGUCAGCAGGCAGUGCGGUGAUGCACGCGGGCUCAGGGCAGGGCCAGGUGAAGGAGGCUGGACAAGCGAGCAAAGGAGUUCCGGUGGAGGGUUUGCCGGACGAUGAGUUGCCUACCGUCAAAGUUGACACCGAUCAGCAGGCCGAAGUUUUGGAGGAGGUGGAUAAGAUUGUGAACGUUGUGAGAGAGGCAGAGGAGCUGGGGAAUAUCCCAGAGGGUGAUGAAGACAGCAUCGGUAAUCCCAAGAAGAGGAUGUGGGAGGAGCCUGGUAUUGUUGAGCAGCAACGCCCUAGAGACGAGUUAUAAGUUGGAUACUUAUUAAUUUUGUAACAACAACGUCCCGCAUAUGUUGAAGCAUUAUGUUCAUAACUAUGAAGCGAGUCUUGUCAGUUGUGUUCGGUUCAUCAGGUUGAACUGUAAACUGAUUUUGGAACAUAUGAUGCCCGUCGAAAAAACUCGCCAAAAGAACGAUCCGCAACGGUGGCAUACUCUACUCUUCCAAAGAGGUUUUCCGUCCCUUGGUCAUCAUCAUGUCAUCGACCACAUUCAUCUAUCGACUAUCCUUGAAUUUCUUUGAGCCAUCAUCUCACAUAACGCCGUGCCUCAUUUGGCUUUGAGGCUAACUACCUGAUAAGCAAACCCGUUCAUCAAGAGCAUAAACCAAGGUGCUGGGGUUUGUAGGCAACUCUGACUGCUUUUCCGACUAUGUUCGCUGGGGAGCAAUCUGCUCGACUUCGCUGAUCCAAGGAAGGCCAAGCUUCUUCAUCUCAACGGCAAGCUGGAACAGGUAAUCGAGACUACGUUAUAUCAGCGUAAGGUAAUCAUUCGCAGAUCACGAUUGAGUUGUUAUAUCUUCCAUACCUCUCACAUUGAGUCUUGGCCUUAUGAACGUUAUCACCCCAGACAUAGACACCGUGACGACGGACGAGAACAGCGUAUGUGUCGGGAUACUUAUCCAUCGCUUCUUCGAGAUACUCAGUCAAGUCCUCCUCAUGAGGAGUGUUCUCGAUAACUGGAAUGCGAAGGGUGUCAUGAUAGCCCAGGUUGCCUGUCUUGUUCAUGCCGCGGCCAAAGCCCUUGAUUUGCUCAAUGUUGUUGAUCUCGAAAACUCGGUCUUUUCCGGGGCCUUGGGAUUCUAACAGGAGGGUCACAAGGACAGCCCAUUGAGAGUGAGUAUGUAUACAACAGCCAGCCCCUCGGCGGGUGAAAGCAGCAAGGAACAAUGGGGUGCACUGAGAAGGCUUAUAGCAGGGAGGAGAUCGCAGAUAGGUGCGCUGGUUGAGCUUAUUGUGGUUAGGAUCUUGCUCAGAAAGAGCCAUGACGUAGAUGUCGGUGUUCUUCAUGAGUUCUUUUUGAACGCCCGAGGGCGCAAUGUAUACGAGAUCACUGCGAUCAUGGUGUAAGUUAAGAGAAACGUUUGCUCCUUAUUUCGAUAGCAAAUGCCCAAGAGAAGUUUCAGAUGAUUUUCCCAUUGACUUGACGAGGGUAUACGCCGGUAUCAUGAGUCUUGCAAUAAAAUAAAUUUGCCUUCUCCAACUCAUCAUGGCGGGGUCGCGGGG